CCGGCCGUGUCCGCGCGCAAAGAUGGCAACCGACGGGCUGCAGGAGAACGAGACGCUGGCGUCGCUGAAAAGCGAGGCCGAGAGCCUCAAGGGCAAGCUGGAGGAGGAGCGGGCCAAGCUGCACGACGUGGAGCUGCACCAGGUGGCAGAGCGGGUGGAGGCCCUGGGCCAGUUUGUCAUGAAGACCAGAAGGACCCUCAAAGGCCAUGGGAACAAAGUUCUCUGCAUGGACUGGUGCAAAGAUAAGAGGAGGAUCGUGAGCUCCUCACAGGAUGGGAAGGUGAUCGUGUGGGACUCCUUCACCACCAACAAGGAGCACGCGGUCACUAUGCCCUGCACGUGGGUGAUGGCGUGUGCUUACGCCCCGUCGGGAUGUGCCAUAGCUUGCGGUGGUUUGGAUAAUAAGUGCUCUGUGUACCCAUUGACAUUUGACAAAAAUGAGAACAUGGCUGCCAAAAAGAAGUCUGUAGCUAUGCAUACCAACUACCUGUCGGCCUGCAGCUUCACCAACUCUGACAUGCAGAUCCUGACAGCCAGUGGCGACGGCACAUGCGCCCUAUGGGAUGUGGAGAGCGGGCAGCUGCUGCAGAGCUUCCAUGGGCACGGGGCUGAUGUCCUCUGCUUGGAUUUGGCCCCCUCAGAAACCGGAAACACCUUUGUGUCUGGGGGAUGUGACAAGAAAGCCAUGGUGUGGGACAUGCGCUCUGGCCAGUGUGUGCAGGCCUUUGAAACACACGAAUCUGACAUCAACAGUGUCAGGUACUAUCCCAGUGGAGACGCCUUUGCUUCAGGGUCAGAUGAUGCUACGUGUCGCCUCUAUGACCUCCGAGCAGACAGGGAGGUCGCCAUCUAUUCCAAAGAGAGUAUCAUAUUCGGAGCAUCCAGCGUGGACUUCUCCCUCAGUGGUCGCCUGCUCUUUGCUGGAUACAAUGAUUAUACCAUCAACGUCUGGGAUGUUCUCAAAGGCACCCGAGUCUCCAUCCUGUUUGGGCACGAAAACCGCGUCAGUACUCUCCGAGUUUCUCCUGAUGGGACUGCUUUCUGCUCAGGAUCAUGGGAUCAUACCCUGAGAGUCUGGGCAUAAUCAUCAUCUCACAGUUCACACAUACGUACCUGAGGAUGGAAUGUGAAAUCUUCACCUGUAAAUAGACAGACCUUCUAGAAGAGCUUAGGGUUUCUUGCAGUUUAGCUUAAGAGAUCAGCUGCAUAGCUCAAACUCACUAAGCAUCUUCAGCAUCACUGCUAAAACCACCACCCCUGGAAAUACAUUCUCAUGAGCCUUCAGCACUACAAGAAUACUUUGAAGAACAGUAUUUUUCAUUUUGACCUAUUUAUAAAGUUUAUCCAUUUUUAAGGUUAUUCUAAAUAACUUCAAGUUUAUUCUAAAUAAUUCAACUCAUUCUGUUGCCCAUAGAAUUCAGCAAUUGAAUAUUUCAUACUACUUCCUUGAAUCAAAUUCAUUUUCAGAACACUUUAAAAUCUGCUUUUUCUUAGCGUACACUGUGACUUUUGGAACCUUGCUCUAGAAGUGCUGGUUUUAUGGACUGUCUAAGGAGGAAUGUGUUAAUUGGCCUGUGACAGAACAAAAUUCCAAUUCCAAAUGUUAUUGGACAAAACCACUUUUUAAAAAUGUGUUUUUAUUAUAAAAUUAUCUUUUUUCAGUCUCCUGUCAUCUUUUUUGAGAUAAAACAUUUUUGUCUGUGUACACUGUUAUAAAUGAAGCAGGAAUAUGCAUAAAACAGACAGGAUGUUUGAUUCAUGAAUUACAUUGCUGAUGUUGUAUAUGCCUAAAUAAAUGUAUUAGGGCAUUUUUCCUCAUUUGAGGGAAGAGCUGAAUGCUGUCUGUAACACAAUGCUUCUGAGAGCAAGCAAAACCUUCCUGUGUGGGAACAUAGGACAGUAAACUUAUUUAAAAACCUAUUAGUAGCAUUAGUGGAAACACUUGGAUCAAAGUGGAUCUUUUCCAUAUAAAUUAUAUUCAUAUAUAUUGCACUGCAAUUGUAAUUGCAUACACAGAUUGAUGGAUAGAUCUUGAAUAAUAAUGUAUUUAUUCAUCAUAUAUUUAGAGAAAAAUAUCAAAAGAACAUUUUGUCUUUAUUUGAAAUUCAGCAGUUCCUUCUAGAAGAUGCCAAGUACUUUUUGUUAUGAGAUUCCUUUUAUUCUUUCUUUCCCUUUCUUUGUUUUAAUUUUAAGGUGUAGAGAUCUAUUUGUUUUAGUAAGCUGCUCAUUCAAAAAGUUCACAUGUGCCCAGGCACGGUGGCACACAUCCAUGGUCUCAGCUGCUCAGGAACCGAGGUAGGAAGAUUGCUUGAGUCCAAGAGCUCAAGAUCAGACUGGGCAAGAUAGCCAGACCCCUGUCAAAAAAGGGGGGGAGAGGUGGAUACAAAAAGAUACAUUACUUAGGGGACUGAAAGGUCACCUCAGAGACCCAAAUCCUUCCUAGGUGAGGCUUGCCCUGUGGGUGGCCUGGGGUCUGACCGGCCAGGUGCUUGCUGUGCUGAGGCUAUUUGUAUACAUCCCCUGAGUUGUCCAGUCCCCUCUCUGCUCUGCCCAGCCCUUUUCCUAGUGGUAGUUUUGGCUUUGUCGGCCCAGCCCCAGGGCCUGCUUCUCCAAGAGGCCCUUGCACAGCUGGAGCUGGAACAGCCAUGGGAAAGGCCUGGACUCCCAUAAGCACUGGGGAGGUGGGAGUGCCAAGCCCACCCUCAAAACUAUUCAAGCAUCAUGAUGGGCCCACCAGUCAAAAUCAAGCAGACCAGCUGUUCUAUAAACUCACUUUAAAUAAACACAAUACUUGUAUUUAAUCAUUUGCAGAGCAAAUAUUUACCAAGGGUUUUAUAAGACACCAGGGCCAGGGUAGAGAGGAAAAGAUUAAUGGCCUCUUCCUGCCUCCUGAGAGCUCAGGGUUAGAGGGAGCAUGGUUCAGAGGAGCCAUGUUUUAGAAUCGUCCAACGGCUGACAGGGUCAACCCUAAGGGAUGAGCUCUGCUCCUGAACAUCCCAGAAUUUGCCUGGGAUUCACUGACCUCGAGCUGUCACCCCCUUCCCUCUCCACACACCUGUGUCUCUACUCUGACCUGGACCUGCUAGCUUCCAGAAGUGAAGAAACACAGGGCAAAGGAAAGCCCACUGCACUCAGGGAAGCAAGUUCAAGUGUCCAUGUUUGGGGGUGGAAGCAUCAUCAGUCCACCUGCAAAGUAGCCCAAGAUUUUCCAACCAAGAGAGCAACUUCAAGGCCAGAUGAAAGUAUUCCACAGAAUGCCUUGGGCAGGAAGCCACCUCUCCCCAAAGUCCAUGUUCUCACAGUGGGUGCUGUUUAGUAUUUAUUGGUGAAAUUCUUUAUUUGGAAUAUACUAUGCCAUGUGGAGACUCAAGGGUAAACUCCAUGUAAUAAAUUGUAUUUUGCAUAUUGAAAAUAA